CACCAAAUUGCCUCAAACCAAGUACAAUUGCUUCACCACGCUGCCAAAGACGUCCAUCUCCCACACUUGAUCCUCCGUUCGGCAUCUGCACCAGCUCAACAUGGCAUCAACCGUACGCCAAACCCGGCUCAAAACCAUCUUCAAGGCCAUAGUUCUUGGUGAGCGCAAGGUCAACAGCUCUCAUGAUGCGCAGCUCUUCCUUGAAGCUGUACGGUCUCAAGAGCCUCCAAGCGCGUGCGUCGAGAUGAUAGUUUCUCAUCCAGCUGGCCUGGAUGCGGUCCGAAACUCGGUCCGGAGCAACCUGUCUGAAUCCUUCAUCCUGUCACACACCCUACCCUUCUUGGAAUUCUUGUCCGACCCCGGCAUCAAAUCUCUGGCUGAUGGCGAACUGCUUGCCCAACUGCUUAUCGUCGUCGCCAACCCGCCCACCCUCUGGAAAGUCCUAGUGAAACUCUUCAACGGCCAUCAGCUGCCUCCGGAUAAAGUUCGCGCUUUUGCAUGGCUUGCGCUGGAGCUCCUGUCACUCCCUCUACACGCCGACGUUGAUGUGCUGGAGGAGGUACAGGCCAUCGUUGAGGAAAAAAGCCUCCUCAAAGCCCAAGACCAUUCUGCUCGCGAGCUUGGGUAUCGCCUCGAAAAGGUCCUGCAACUACGCUCCUCAUCCAAGCCUUCCGUGCAGGCGGCCAAUGGUCCGGGCGGACGUCAUGACAAUGAUUGUGAUGUCUUCAGGAAGAUUGCCAUCUAUCCUACCACCGAUGAGUUCCUGUCAAACCAACAGCCCUUCUAUCGAACAGCAUUUGAGGUUGCCGAGAGUCCGUUAGACAGACGUCCGGCUAUUCAUCUGGACAACCAGUUCCGCUUGCUAAGGGAGGACAUGCUGGCCGAACUACGGGACGACCUUCAAGCGGCCAUGGACACCAAAAAGACGAAAAAGUCUUCACUCACCAUUGGCAAGCUGCAACCCGUGGCUCUGGAUCUGACGGAUAUAAACCCAUCUGGAAAGGGACUAAAAUUCAAGCCGUGCACCCUCCUGGUCCGCUGUUACCACGGCUUGGGGUUUCUAAACAAAAUGGAUCCAGAAACGCUAAAGAAAUAUCUCAGGGAAAAUCCACGCUUUCUCAAGCAUCAAUCGUUCGGUGCUUUGACGCGAGGGAAGGAGGUCAUUGCCUUUGCCUUUGUUGAUCGAGACAGAAACAAUGAGCUCCUUUUUGAGUCUCCCCCCAUUGUAUGCCUUCAAUUUGCCGACCCUAGCAGCCUCAAGAGAGCAUUGCUGGCGCUUAAAAUGCCAAACGCCCAGGAUGUCGUUCAGUUUACCUUGGUCGACACGCCCGUGUUUGCCUAUGAGCCUGUCCUAGCUGGCCUGCAAGCGAUCACAGAGCUUCCAUUGCAGGACCUUCUCAUCAAUCCUUCAGGUGCCAGCUUGGCUUUCGCCGGGAUACCGAAACUGCAGACCUUUGUAUCGGCACUCAAGUCAGCAAGAUCGAGAAUGGUGAUGGGCGAGGGCGAAGCUGUGCGCAUAGAGGAAUCUAUCACUGUCGAUCUGGCCCAGCUCGAAUCGAUUCUCCAUGCCUUGACCAAGCCGAUAACCCUCAUUCAAGGACCCCCAGGUACGGGAAAGUCGUUCAUUGGUGCACAAAUUGCCAAAUACUUGCACAAAGCUGGGCAACGCAUUCUCGUCCUCAGCUACACAAACCAUGCCCUUGACCAGUUUCUAGAGGACCUGCUCGACGUCAAGAUCCCGGAGCAGGAUAUUGUCCGCUUGGGAGCCAAGGCCAAGUCCACGGUCAGGGUGGUCCCUCUACUUCUUUCGGAACAAAAGGGUGGUUAUCGGCGUACUCGGGAUGCUUGGGGGAUGAUCGAUCUCCUAAGGCAAAAAGCCGCAUCUUCCGCUCAGGAGCUUCAAACCGCCUUUAAAACCUAUGGGAAGGUUCGCGCUGGUUGGGCCGAAGUCUCGGAGUUUCUUGAAUUCCUAGACGACCCGCACCCCUUUUAUGAAGCCCUUCUUGUUCCCACCGAAAACAGUGGCUGGACGCGGACAGGGAAAAAGGGAAAACAGGCAGGACCGGACUAUCUCUUUCAGCGGUGGGUCAAAGGAGACGACCCCGGCAUCUUUAAGAUGCAAAUUCCCGAGACUUCACACGUUGUUUGGCAAAUGUCUCUUCCCGAGCGACUAAGCCAUCUGGAUAGGUGGACCAAAGAGCUGGUCGAAGAGCGCCUGGCGACUAUUGAGGAGCUUGCUCGGCAAUACAACGAAGCCCAGAGCAAAGUUGACGCCCAGUUCAAUGACGCGGAUGCACAUACCAUGCGUCAGAAGAGAGUUAUUGGCUGUACCACCACGGGCGCUGCCAAGUAUUCGAGUCUCAUCCGGGCCGCCACACCUGAUGUGAUUCUCGUUGAGGAAGCAGGCGAGAUCUUGGAGAGUCACGUACUCACCGCCCUUGCCCCCUCGGUGAAGCAGUUGAUUCUCAUUGGUGACCACAAGCAACUCAGACCAAAGAUCAACAACUACGCUCUUUCUGUGGAAAAGGGUGACGGCUAUGAUCUGAACCGGUCCCUGUUCGAACGCCUUAUUAUGCAAGGUGCACCUCAUACUACCCUGCAAAAGCAACAUCGCAUGGUUCCGGAGAUCUCCAUGAUACCGCGCGCGUUAACCUACCCGGAUCUACUUGAUGGCCCCAAGACGAGUGGCAGACCGCGGAUCCGCGGGCUCCAAGACCACGUUGUGUUCGUGAAUCACGGAAAGCUGGAAGAUACAGACAAGGGCCUCCGAGAACGCCGUGAUCCCGGAGCGAAAGAGAGCAAGAAGAAUACGUUUGAAGCUCAAAUGGUUCUCGAGUGUAUCAAGUUCUUUGGCCAGCAAGGCUACUCCGCUGACAAAAUUGUUAUCCUCACGCCAUAUCUGGGGCAGCUCCGAGUUCUUCAAGAUCUAUUACGAGAGAACCAGCACGAUCCGGCACUGAGUGAAAUGGACAAGUUGGAGCUUCUGAGAGCUGGUCUUUUGAGUAAGGCGGCCGCCAAAGUUGAUGAGAAGCCCCUUCGUGUGUCCACAAUUGACAACUACCAGGGCGAGGAAAAUGACAUUGUCAUUGCUUCACUUACACGGAGUAAUGAGUCAGGUGAUAUCGGAUUUAUGUCAGCCCCGGAGCGUCUGAACGUCCUUAUUACCAGAGCAAGGAACUGUCUGGUGCUAAUCGGCAACAUGGGCACCUUCAUGAGCAGCAAGAAGGGCGGGUCGACCUGGCGUCCGUUCUUUGAAUUGAUGAAAAGCCGUAAUCAUCUGUACGACGGUCUUCCUGUCAGGUGUGAAAAACACCCCGAAAAGACCGCUCUCUUGAAGGAGCCCAUCGAUUUCAUGAAGUUCUGUCCCGAUGGAGGAUGUACAGAGCCAUGUGACGCAAUACUUAAAUGCGGAAUGCACAAGUGCAAAUCCCGUUGUCAUCGUGUUGUUGAUCACAGCCAAGCUCCGUGCCAUGAAAUCAUGGUCAAGACGUGCGAAAGAAACCACAAGCUCAAGGUGAGCUGUGACAGGCAGAAGGAUAACUGCCGCGAGUGCAUCAAAGAGGACAAAGAGCAAGAACGAAGGAUCAAAAGAGACCUCCAACUUGAAGAAGAUCGUUUGCGCAAAGAAGAAGCCCACCGCAAAAGUCUUCAAGAGCUCGAUGAUGAGCUCGAUCAUCUGCGCCGAAUCAACAAAUAUUUGUCAGAUGAGCAGGUUAGAGAACAGACACUAGAACAGCGCCGCCAGGAGGUUGCAGCCCUGAAAGAUGCCCAAAUACGGGCACAAGAACAGGCAGAAAAACGGGUUGAGAUAACUCGCCGGGUUGCUGAGAAAGCCAAGCGUCGGGCCGAGCAAAAUACCAACGGGGGAGAAAAGGCUGAUCCGCAAGAUCCGCUCAGUGACCUUCCUGAUACCGCCGAGGGCGAGUGGAAGUAUCUCAAGGAGCUUGAAGGGGCAUCCAGUAAGCCAAUGGACACGCUCAUGUCCAUGAUAGGGCUAGAAGAGGUCAAGCAGAAGUUCCUAGACAUCAAGUCCAAGGUCGACACGGCCGUUCGUCAGGGUAUCUCCCUUAGCAAGGAGCGUUAUAGCUGCUCUAUGCUGGGGAAUCCUGGCACAGGGAAAACCACUGUUGCGCGACUCUAUGCCGAGUUCUUGUCUGAUGUCGGGGUAAUUCCUGGACACUGUUUCAAGGAAACCACAGGCGCAGGGUUAGCUAAUCUAAGGGUAGACGGCUGUAAGAAGCUGAUUGAUGAGAUUCUCAACGAAGGUGGAGGAGUACUCUUCAUCGACGAGGCGUACCAGCUCACAUCUGGUAAUAACCCUGGCGGUGGGAGCGUGUUGGAUUAUCUCCUGGCCGAAAUCGAAAACCUAAGAGGCAAGGUUGUCUUCGUUCUCGCCGGCUACAACAAGCAGAUGGAGAGCUUCUAUGCCCACAACCCGGGCCUUCCCAGCCGCUUCCCGGUUGAGAUGAAGUUCGCAGACUAUACGGACGACGAACUGCUCCGAAUCUUCGAACUCAAGGUCAAUCACAAGUACAGUGGCGCCAUGGAUUGUGAGGAUGGCCUUCAAGGGCUGUACUGUCGCAUAAUCUCAAGGAGAAUUGGCUACGGUCGCGGCAAAGAAGGCUUUGGAAAUGCACGCACGGUCGAGAACACAUUGGACAUCAUUUCUACACGACAGGCGAACAGGAUAAGGCGGGAACGCAAAGCCAAGAAGCCGGACAUUGACGAUCUCUUUUUCACCAAGGAGGAUCUUAUCGGUUCUGAACCUGCUGAAGCUCUACAGAAGUGCCAUGCCUGGAAGAAACUGCAGAAUCUUAUCGGUCUUGCCUCCGUCAAGGAAGCCGUCAAAGCGCUUGUCGAUAGCAUCCAGCAAAACUACAAGAGAGAGUUAGCCGAGCAGCCGCCCAUUCAGUACUCCCUCAACAAGGUUUUCCUUGGGAAUCCGGGAACGGGAAAGACGACGGUAGCCAAGUUAUACGGAGAGAUCCUCGUUACACUCGGAUUACUUUCCAAAGGUGAAGUGGUCGUCAAGAACCCGUCUGAUUUUGUCGGCGGCGCCCUUGGGCAGUCCGAACAGCAAACCAAAGGUAUCCUCGCUGCCACUUUGGGUAAAGUCCUCGUCAUCGACGAGGCUUAUGGUCUCUAUGGAGGGGGAUCUACUUCUGACCCAUACAAGACGGCCGUCAUAGACACCAUUGUGGCAGAGGUCCAAAGCGUACCGGGCGAUGACCGGUGCGUGUUACUGCUUGGGUACAAGGACCAGAUGGAGAACAUGUUCCAGAACGUCAACCCAGGACUUGCCCGCCGGUUUCCUAUUGCUUCAGGAUUCAACUUUGAAGAUUUCUCGGAUGAGGAGCUCCGCAAGAUCUUUGAUCUCAAGAUCAAGCAGCAAGGAUAUCUUGCUUCUCCAAAGGCAACGGCUGUGGCAUUGGACAUCUUGAAGAGGGCACGGAACCGGCCAAACUUUGGCAACGCUGGUGAAAUUGAUAUCUUGCUGGACGCUACAAAGGCCCGUCAUCAGCGACGGUUCUCGAAGGGGCAAGCACAUUCAGAGACGCUUGAGCCUCAAGAUUUCGAUCCAGACUUUGACAGGGCGUCGAGGUCGGAAACCAACAUCCAGAAGCUUUUCGAGGGCUCAGUGGGCUCUGAGGAUGUUGUCACUCUUCUGGAGCGUUACCAGGAGACCGUACGAACGUUCAAGUCCCUGGACAUGGAUCCAAAGGAGAAUAUCCCAUUCAACUUCCUCUUCAGAGGGCCUCCAGGAACCGGCAAGACUACCACUGCCAAGAAAAUGGGCAAGGUCUUUUAUGACAUGGGCUUCUUGUCGACCGCUGAGGUGGUUGAAUGUUCUGCCACUGACAUGAUCGGCCAGUACGUUGGGCAGACUGGCCCGAAGGUGACUAGCCUUUUGGACAAGGCGCUUGGGAGAGUCCUAUUCAUUGACGAGGCGUAUCGACUGGCCGAUGGACCGUAUGCCAAGGAGGCGAUGGAUGAGCUGGUUGAUUCUGUUACCAAGGACCGGUACUACAAGAAGCUGAUUAUCAUCCUCGCGGGCUACGAGGCGGACAUCAAUCGGUUGAUGUCAGUCAAUACUGGCCUAACAUCCCGUUUCCCUGAGGUGGUCAACUUCCGAGCGCUGUCCCCAGAAGAAUGCAUUCAACUGCUUAGCAAACUGCUUGAGAAGCAACAAGAUGCCCUUAAGUCCAAAGGCAAGGAGCUGGACCUCUCCUGCUUGACGAACCCGAAACCUGCCUUCAAGAAAUCGAUGGUGUCCUACUUCGCUGAGCUAACCACGCAAUCCAACUGGGCCAGCGCACGUGAUGUCCAGAGCCUCGCGAAGAACAUGUUCAACAGAGUCCUGCGCUGCAAGGAAGGCUUGGCGAGGGGGUGCAUCGUGCUCACAGAGGAAAUCAUCAGGCAGGAACUUGAGGCGGUCAUGACUGAGCGGGCUUCGCGGAGCAAUGCCGCGGCGGCAGCAAGUGGCGCGCCAACUGGAUUGCCUGAUGCCUUGCAGCAGUUCUUCCAGCCUCCACCUCAAACGCGGCCACCACCGUUCAACAUCUCCACGGCCACUUCCACUUCAUUUGCACAAGAGCAAUCCCGCGUCGUCGAAGAGAUAUUCUCGGAAGAUGAAGAGGAAGAUCAGGAGCCUGCGCCCGCUCCCGUGGAGAUGAGAAAGGAAGCAGCCGACUCCAACUCCAAGUACGGAGCCCAGCGCGACGCAGGAGUGAGUGACGCAGUCUGGGAGCAGCUUCAGCGCGAUCGUAAGGCCGAGGAGGAGCGGGAAGAGGAAUAUGAGCGACUGAAGGAGGAAGCGAAAAAGGCUUCGGAUGCGGCCAGGGACAGAAUCUUGAAGAAGCUAUUGGAGGAAGAAGCGAGGAGGAAGAAGGAGGAAGAGAUGCAGAUGAAGUUGAAGAUGAUGGGAGUUUGUCCGGUGGGGUAUCAUUGGAUUAAGCAAUCAGGCGGGUAUAGGUGCGCUGGAGGAAGCCAUUGGAUGAGUGAUGCUGAUCUGGGGAUGAAGUGACUUGGGGUUGGGAGACGGACAGACAGGCACUUUCGACAGGAUAUGUGAUCUGGAGGCUGGCUUGGGGAGGACGAAUGGCGCAGGACCAUGGAAGGCUGAUAGGACACUCGAUUUUUGACGGCCUUCCGCCAUCUUUUUCAUGUUUCAUUUAUGCGAUGAAGAUAUUCAAACUAUUUCUCUAUACGAAGAUCUGCUCCAAUUUCCCAG